UAAACUUAUGAGUAAGGAAAAUAACGACCCGGGGUGACGCCCGGGUCCUCACUGCCAAUGUGAGAGGAAUUUUUGCGCGGGUACAGGUCGCCCCCGGGUGCCCCGCCUACUUCGCGGGAUGCCCGGGUGCCGUGAUCUGCCCGACCCCCUGUGCCGCGCGUCACAAGGACAGAGCUCUCCUUGUUUCACACCGCAAUGCUCGGCGUUAGGCGUGGCGCGCUCCGGGUGCCGUCCGCCCGCCGUGCCGCGGCCGGACGCUGCCUGCUCAGCCAUGUAGCACGUCGUUACCGGGAAGGCAAAUUACUCUAAAGAUCAAAAUAACCAGUGUCUCCCCCUGCUGCGUUCACUGAGCUGUCUUAAGGGCCUUCCCGAAGCUAAGAAAUACAUCAACCCACUCCUAAUAUUUCAUGUGUCUGCAGGAAGUGAUUCCUUUUCUGUGCUUCUGACGGAGGAAUUAGACUGUUCAAAAUCAGACUAAGACUGAAAACAGCAGUGAAAGGGAAAAGCUGUCUUGUGCAGCUUGGGCGGAGGUGACCUUCAAGGGAUGCAGGACUGUGACUCUGGGUCUUACUGCAGGUCCUGGUGCUGCUGAGCCUCCCUCCCUCUGCCCUUUUGAAGCACAGCGAACCCCCAGGGCCUGCAGCGUGGGGGUUUCUUCCUGUCGUUGGAAAAUGCUUCUCUGAAAUGCAGUUUUGCUUCCACCUGCAGCUCUGUCUGAUCCCUGGCACCUGUCACGAGGUUCACUUGUGACCCCUCCACAGCCUCCCUGUUACCUUCCUGCCAUCUCCCCACUACAGCAUCCUGAGCUGUAGUAACUCCGAGGCGUUGCCGUGCAUGCAGCAGCAUCCACCGUGUUGCUGCAGAGCUGGCAGCCCAUGCGUACUCUGUGCUAGAUCCACGGGGAAAACUCCUGGACUUCAGCAGAGCAGGAGCUACCAGCGAGGGCCCAGGACAAACGCAAAGGAGAUGGACACUGCUGAGGCAUCUGCUCACAGUUACACAGGCUCAGGAUCCCACAGCACUGAUUUCCUUUCAGGAAUGUUUCAAGCCUUGGUGAGCCUAAAGUCAUACCAACAGUGACACCGUGUCCCUGCUCAGUUGUCCACUGGUGCUUGAUCUGGUUCCAGGGUGGGACAUGACUGCGUUACUCUCAAAUUAAGGGAAGACACAGAGACCUGAACAUUUUUGAAGGUUAUACCAGGAAUCUCAGUUAAUGUACAGACCAAAUCCGCGAGGUGUACUGGGGAACAGAGCACGGGUUCAAGACCCCAAAGACACCCACGUGCAUCUUGUUCAACCAGCAGCAGGAGUUCAAGAAUUUUGGCUAUGAUGCUGUGAUGAAGUACAAGAGCCUGCCCUCCAGCAAAGCUGAGAGCUGGUACUUCUUCCAAAACUUCAAGAUGAAGCUGUACAACACAAAUGUCACAACUGGCAUGGAGCUGGAAGCCACCAAUGGAAAGAUGCUUCCUGCCCUGACAGUCUUUUCCGAAAGCCUGCGCUACCUGAAGCAACAUGCCCUGGACACCAUUAAAGAGGCCUCUUUCCAAACCGUCUAUGACGAGGAGGAGAUCACCUGGGUCAUUACUGUCCCAGCCAUAUGGAGCUCUGCUGCCAAGCAGUUCAUGCGUUUGGCAGCAAAAGAGGCAGGAAUGAUCUCUGGCAUGCUCUCUAAAAAUCUGAUCAUUGCCUUGGAGCCAGAGGCUGCAUCGCUGUGGUGCAAACAGCUUCCACAGGAAGGGUUUAUGGCAGACAGCAGUGACAAGAAGAAGUUUGAAGACUCCCCUGGGAUCCAGUAUGUUGUUGUUGACUGUGGAGGUGGCACAAUAGACAUCACGGUACAUGAGAUCCAAGAAAACCAUUACCUGAAGGAGUUACACAAGGCAACUGGAGGUGGAUGGGGAGGCAACAGAGUGGAUGAAAACUUCACGUAUUUCCUCAGGGAAAUAUUCAGUGAUGGUGUAUGGGAUGAAUAUGUAAAGAGCCACCCUACUGAAUUACAACAUAUGAUGUACAACUUCGGUCUGCAGAAAUGCUCUGCUAGCAGAGAGGCAGUCUACAUACAUUGCUACUACAACCUGAUCAGAGUGGCAGAACGCAAGAAGGACAUCGCUCAAUUCUUUGAAAAAGCACACGGAGCUGUGUGGUGUGAUGGGAUGGUCAUGAUUACAUACGAGAAAAUGAAGAGCUUGUUUGACUACAGUAUCAAAAACAUAAUCUGUACUUUGAGGGAAAUUCUUGACAAACCUGGGAUGGCCAAGGUCCAAUACAUUUUGCUUGUGGGGGGCUUUGCGUCGAGCAUCAUUUUGAGAGACGCGAUCAGUCAGGCCUUUAGCAAGAAGUAUCAUGUCCUUUGUCCAGUGGAGGCUCAAGCGGCCGUUGCAAAAGGGGCUGUUUUAUUUGGAGUCAAUCCACACCUUGUUACCUCAAGAAUCAGUGCUAAGACGUAUGGUUUAAAAGUAGGUCAGGAAUUUGAUCCUGCUAUUCACGAUGUCUCUAAACGGAGGGUCUCAAAAAUUGGUGACUAUGCUUAUUGCACAGAUCUGUUCAAGAAAUUGGUGGGAAUUGGGGAGUCAGUGAAUAUAAACGAAGCUGCCCAGUAUGAUUUCUAUCCAACAGAAGCAGAUCAAACAAAUGCACACUUUGUUUUCUAUUGCACAGAAAAACAGGAUGCUCAGUACGUAGAUGAGGAAGGUAUCGAACAGCUUGGGUCCUGUAUAGUGCCAAUGCCAGAGAGAUGUCUGGGAAUGCAACAGCAGCUGAAGAUGGAGAUUAAGUUUGGGCUCACUGAAUUUAAAGCUACAUGUACUGAUGUUGCUUCCAAAGAAAGUCAGACAGUUAUAAUAGAUUUUUUAACUGUGUAAGUACUUGGUACAAUGAGCAGCAGAGGCUGUAACUCUAGGGAGAAAAUGGCUUUAGAGGGAGGCAGUAUGGUCAAAGGUUGGACUCGAUGAUUUUGGAGGUCUUUUCCAACCUUAAUGAUUCUAAUGAUUCAAUGAAUCCUACAAUAGAUGAGGCAAUUGUACCAAUAAGUCCAUCAUAUACCUUUCUGUUUACACAGGUAAACUGCUAGUCUGAUUCUGUGGUUCCUGCCGUUGCUCACCAACCACCCUUUCAAUCCAAUACAGACAGACUUUCUGUUGUAUCUGACAGCAGGUUUAUCUGCUGCUUUAUCUUGUGCCGUAUUUAGCUUGCAUUUCUGAACACAGUGUCCAUACCACCGAUGUAAUCAUCUGUAUUCUACCUGUAUUGGAUGCAAAGACUCUGGAUAGUGUCUAACUUUCACAUAAACCAUCCCACAGCUGUUUAUUUUAGCCUGUUGUCUUCUUUCAGCUGCAUCAUCUUUUCCUCUGAUGUCAGUUCUCUUUACCUGGAGUCCGGAUUUAACUCAUUUGAUGGAUUUCUGUUUUCUUCAGGACAUCACUAAUAUAAAUUGUGUGUAAUUAAAGCAGUUGUAUCCCAAACAGGAGUGCUCUGUGAAGCAGUCUGGGGGCUUGUGUCCAAAACCUGUGGGAGUAUUGUUUCUAUGAAAUUAUUAGAUGGUUUGAUCUCAUUAAUUUGGCAGAUAUGAACACCAGAUUGUAACAUUACAGAUAUGAAUAGUACUUAUGCUGCUGCCUGAGCCCCUCUGUUGAGCUCUAGGUACUCUCUGCAUCUCUGACUUGGGCUUCAUAUUUUCCAUAUCCAUAAAAUCUUAUUUCUUUGCCUCCUGCCUAUAGCACCUAUGCAGAGGUUCAGUGCAGUGUGGCCUGCAUGAGCCUAAAUUUGUCCAAGGAAAGGAUGCAAUCCUGCAGUGGGCUGGCUCUGGUUGGGGUGGAGUUAACUUUCUUCACAGUGACCCCUGUGCUGGUAUGUGAUUUGUGACCAAAAGGGUGGUGUUAGCACACUGACAGUCUGGGGAGAGGCAGGGUGGGGUUUUCGAAGUUUUCAAUCCCCCUUCACUAAGGAUGUAAAGUUUUCCUGUUGAACACCAGCCUGUCCCAAUGUAAAGUUUUGGUUAGCUGGAUACACUGCAGGAAAACUCAGCACUGGCAUUUUUAUUAGCUUAAUGGUCAGGUUAGAGUCAGUGCUAGCCAUGUACUUAAUGUUAUGAGUUGUGAGAGCAGCAUUAAGAAGACUAAUUUGCAUAUAUGCUAUGCCCUGUGAUGUAUAAAAGUGGAGGUAUUUUGAAAACAUUACCUUUGUUUUCACAUUUAAAAUCGUAAGCACACAAUAAAAGUAUUCACAACAGAAACCUCUGUGCCUUUCUACCAUGUCAGGUGGCACUGCUCUGUACGCUUUGUGAGGGCCAUUCUGGGUGGCCAGGUCCCAGGAAGCUGAGUCCUCCUGCUUUUUUCUUACCCAUUGCAUUGGGUACUUU